ACCAAAAAUUAAAUAUUUUGUGUAGAUUUAAAAGAGCUUGAUCCAACAUAAUAUUGUUGCUGCACAAACAAUAAUAUCAGAUUUCUUCUAUUUCAUCUAUUUUUCAAUCUUGUAAGAAAUCAUGAAAACAGAACCAUAUCUUGCUAGUUCUGCUUCAGCCCUCUUGAAGAAACUCGAGCCUUAUAACCCUGACAAGCCAAAUAUCCAAAGAAGCUCUAUCAAAAAACAGAUUCCAACUUCUGUUAAAAAAUUAAUUACUUCACUUGCCCUCAUCCGUUGCAUUGAUAAGAUACAAGAUAAGAACCCGGAGUAUUAUGAUCAAGCUGAGCUGCCAGAGGACCUCCUCAACGAUGUCAAGGACAUUGUUUAUGAUUACAACAAUUUGUCAGAUGAGAUUGGGAUAGAAUGUUUUGUGAAGAAGUUGCAGCAGUGGGAGUAUUUCUCCAACUUUACUUAUGAUGUGCUCGAUGAAUUUGAAUGGAGGGCUCAAGAUGUCAAGAAGGGGCGAGGAACCUGCAUUGUAACAGAAACAAUGAGCUUAUUUCCGGGACUAAAACUCCAUUAUCUUGAUCUCCCAUAUCGUAUUAGGCCUUGUUUAGUCUAUUGCUCUAUGUAUCCGAAGGGUCACAAGAUAGUGCGUGAAAAUCUUAUAAAUCUGUGGAUGGCUGAGGGGUUAUUAUGGCCCCCUUCAUCAUCUAAGGAAGAUCCUGAAGAUGUUGGAAACCGCUAUUUUGAUGAGUUGCGGUGGAGGGGGUUCUUUGAAGAGCCGGUUUUUGCAUUUGGUAGUACGCGUGAGGAGGAAGAGGAGGAACGAGUUAUUUAUAGUUGUGAGGUGCCUGACAAUACACAUUACUUUGUGAAGAAAAUCGCGGGAACAGAGGUUUUUAAUGUGUUUGGCAAGCAGAGAUAUAGCUCCUUGGAAGGUCUAAAAUCGACCAGGAGGCUCGUGUUGGACAAAGAUGGUUUGUCUGAAGAAGACUUUCUUAAGGGCCAUUGGAAUGAUCAUAGGGUGAAAGCAUGUGUAUUAUUUGGGGCAAAGCCUCAAAUAAAGGACAAUUUCCUUGAGGAGAUCACUUGGAGGUUUGAGAGGUUACUCGUAUUAGAUUUAUCUGGAACCGAGUUCAAGGAGCUCCCACGAUCAACUAGAAGACUCAAGCACUUGCGGUAUCUAAGCUUAUCGAGGAAUGGAAUCAUUGAAGCUCUUCCUUACAGAUUGUAUGAGUUAAAGUAUCUUCAAACAUUGGCUCUUGACAGCUGCCAUCAGCUGCAAGAGUUGCCUUCAUAUGCAAGUGACUUGACACGGCUAAGAAACUUGUAUUUGACCUCAAAAGAUGCCAUUCUUUCGGAGACCAUCCUAUCAAGGUGGAGCUCUCUUAGAAUCCUCGAGCUUAUUCAUUGCAAGCGGUUAGCCUCCUUAUCAUCGGAGGGUUUCAAGAGCCUUAUCACAUUGAGGAAGUUGCGCAUCUUUGAUUGUCCAAGGUUAGUUUCUCUUCCUGACACUAUGAAGUACUUGACUCACUUAAAGGAGUUAAUUCUUCAUAAUUGUCCUGAGUUAGAUCUAACUGAGGGCGAAGCCAUGGAGGAAUUACUAAACCUUCGGUCUUUAGAGAUCAUAGGCCUUCCAAAGUUGGUUCGGCUGCCUGUGGGGCUUAAGUCUGCCAGUACACUUCACUACUUCUUCAUCGCAAGAUGCAGAAAUUUAUCAGAUUAUUCGAGAGUGCUUACAUAUCUAACGUCACUUCGAAGAUUCUACAUUUAUGAUUGUACAAAUUUGACUGAGUUACCUGAAGGCAUAGCAGUUGACUUGCAAAUGCUGGAUAUCAGGGGAUGCCCUGAAUUGAGUAAAAAGUUAAUGUUCGAGGGUGUGGAGGAAUGGAAUGUGAUAUCUCACGCGCGUGAAGUUAUCAUUGAUGGACAACGACUCCAUAAGAAGUCAAAACAUGCUUCAUCAUCUUCAACAAACAACACUACAAAAGCAUUGAAUUUACCUAAGUGUAUCCCCUUCUUCAGCUUGAAAUUACAAACUCUUGGAAUUGUAGAAGACUACUGUGAAGACAACAACAUUCAAGAGGAAACGACAUUGCUAGAUCAACAACAAGAGCCUCGGUUGGAAAAAUGCAGUGAAUCAUCCAUCAAAACACGAGCUCAAGAUCUAUUUGCAAGACUGAGAGAUUCAAUAUUCACACAAAAUUACAAGAAAAGAAUGUUAAAAUUAUCUGAGAUAGAGAGUCCUACAAAUGUACCUCCAGCAUCUCAUUCCAGUAGCCUAGAUCAAGUAGAAGCAAAGCUCUUUUGCUCUCUUUUUCCUAAGGAUCACGAAUUCGAGAAAGACACAAUGGUUCAGUUAUGGAUGGCAGAAGGUUUUUUAAAGAAUGAACCUUUGGAAUUUCAAGGUGAUCAAUUCUUUAACACUCUCUUAUCAGAAGGAUGCAUCCUAGAAUCAAGAGUUGACAAUCUAACGGGAAAGACAAAGUACAAGUCCAAUGUUGGUGAUGAAUCUACAACAAAGAUCGUCGACAAAAUGACUAUGUUAGAUCAUAUACCUAAGGAAUCCAUGCAUAUGGCUUUGGUAUGUGACGACAUUAGUGAAAAAGCUUUCGAAAAGCUUAAGGAAUUUAACAACUUGAAGACACUCUUAUUCCUUCAAGACUAUGGCUCUCGUAUCAAGCAAAUUCCUUUUGAGUUAUUCUUAGCUUUAAAAAGUCUACAAGCUUUAGACUUGAGUGGAAGUUAUAUCACUGAGUUGCCAAGUUCAAUUGGGAAUGCAACAAAAUUACAAUUUCUCGAUCUGUCAAAAACCCUCAUUAGAUCAUUGCCUGAUACCAUUGAUCGCCUUGAAAACUUACAAACUUUGAAGCUCAUAGAGUGUGUGCAUCUUUUUGAACUACCUAGAGGUAUAACAAAGUUAACCAACCUUCGACACUUGGAAUUUGAUGUCCUUGGUCAGUUAACUGUAAUGCCUAAAGGAGUCGGGGCUCUUUCUGCUUUGAGAACUUUAUCAGGCUUCAUUAUUGAUGGCAAAGAAGGUUGUUCUAAUAUUGGAGAGCUCAAACUUAUGAAUAACCUUAGUGGAAGCCUUUGCAUAUCGGGGUUAGAACAUGUAGAAGAUCCAGAGGAUGCCAAGAAAUCUUCUUUGGGUGAUAAAAUUAACCUUAAGAAAUUAGAGUUGAGGUGGAGUGACAUUGACCAAGAUUGGACACAUAAAGAAACAGAGGUAUUAGCACAUCUUGAGCCAAGUACAAGCUUAGAAGAGCUACAAAUACUUUGUUUUCCCGGUGUUUCAUUUCCAUCUUGGGUAGGCCAUCCGUCGUUUCACAAACUUGUUAGCAUAACCCUCCUAAAAUGUAAGAACCUCUCCCUUCCUCCUCUAGGAAAGCUACCACAACUCAAGCAUCUCGAAAUUAUUGAAGUAGAUAACGUGGCAAAGAUUGAUCGACAAUUUUGUAGAGGUAGUAGUACUAAGGAUGAUGUCGCGUUUCCUAGGUUGGAGAAGCUAGUUGUUGAUGGCAUGUUUAUACUAGAGACAUGGGAGGGAGUUAAUGAUGGAGAUUUUCCUAACCUUUCCGAGCUUAGCAUUAAGUUUUGUCCUAACUUGAGUACGCUCCCAAUGCUUCCUCAUCUUCCUCCUCUCAAAUAUUUAGAAUUAAGCAAUUGUACUUCACUUGAAUCAGUGCCUGAUGGGAGAUGUCUUAUUUCUUUGGAGACAUUGUUGAUCGAGGAUUGCCCUUUGAUCGAAAAAAAGUGUACAAAGGGAGAUGAGUUUCGAAACAAGAUACAACAUGUGUUAGAUGUGUGGAUUGAUGGUUUGGAAGAGGACAUGGGAUUAACCUCUAAAGAGGUUGAGAUGAGACCAGCAGCUAUAGAAGUUGUUCAUGAUAAGAAGUUGGAAAGGGUAUUAUAUCAAAAUACUUCUACUCCUAACCUUGUUUUUUGACUUGAUCAUCGUCAAAUAUAAACUUCCUCUGUUACACAAAUAUUGCAACAUUUCCCUAUUCACGUGCCUUUUCUCUUUCUCACUUCUCAUUACAUGAGUCCCUAUCUUUAUUUCUCUCUAUCCCUCUCCUCUUCUUAAAAUCCGUAUCCACUCCCCAUGUUGUAAUAUUAGGGGAACGAAGGAAGUAUAUGUUUGGCCCUCAUUAUCGACCAUAAAUUUUGAAAGUGAGCAUUAUAUAUGUUGUUGGAGUGAGCUUGGAGAAUGUUAAGUACAGUCAAAUGUAUAAUAGACAUAUUAUUGAGGGAAUCACGGAUAAGUAUUUUUUGCUCAAUUUCUCCAUUUCUCAAAAAAGAGAUUUGAAGACUUUUUACACCCUUAAUUUGUCAAGCUCAUUAAUACUUGAUUGAGGUUAAGGGUGCACUACAUUAUCUUUUGAUCUGCAAAUCAGCUUGUUUUUGAAUGAGUAUAUGGGCGCUGGCAGCGGCCAAUGGUGCUAUCUUCGUGACUUAGCCGCGGGGCUUGGCUUGCUAUUAACCUUUAACAAAGCCAAUGCUUCACUUUUUUUCCUGGCUCGCCAUUCAUAUGCAUCACCGUACCAAGCUUUGGAGUUCAACACUGCUUUGAGUUAGUGAAAUGUUUUGUUGGUUGCCUUGUAUUUUCUUUGGUGAGAGUUUGUAUCUAAGGUUAAACCCUUUGUAAAAAUUUGUAUAUAACUGCUCAUAUAUAUUAUGGUCCAAAAUUGAU